AGCCAGCGCCGCCGCCGCCGCCGCCAUCAGCGAGGAGGAGGCGGCCCAGUACGACCGCCAGAUCCGCCUCUGGGGCCUCGAGGCGCAGAAACGCCUGCGGGCGUCUCGGGUGCUGCUGGUGGGCAUGAAAGGCUUGGGGGCAGAAGUGGCCAAGAACCUAAUCCUGGCAGGAGUCAAAGCCCUGACAAUGCUCGACCAUCAGCAGGUGUCGCCGGAAGAUACGCAAGCUCAGUUUCUGAUCCCUGGGGGGUCCCUGGGCAAGAACAGGGCGGAAGCCUCGCUGGAGCGGGCUCAGGACCUCAACCCCAUGGUGGACGUGAAAGCGGACCCAGGGAACGUCGAGCAGAAGCCCGAGGAGUUCUUCACCCGCUUUGACGUGGUCUGCGUGACGUGCUGCUCCCAGGAAGUCCUGGUGAAGAUCGACCAAAUAUGCCACAAGAACGGCGUCAAGUUCUUUGCGGGAGACGUCUUUGGCUACCAUGGCUACAUGUUUGCCAACUUGGGCGAGCACGAAUUUGUGGAAGAGAAGACGAAGGUUGCCAAAGCCAGCCAGGGAGUGGAGGAUGGACCGGACGCAAAGAAAGCCAAGCUGGACUUCACAGAGACCACGCUGGUGAAGAAGUGUGUGAAGUUUUGCCUCCUGAAAGAGGCCUUGACUGUCGACUGGAGCGGCGAGAAGGCCAAGGCUGCUCUGAAGCGCACGGCCCCCGAUUACUUCCUUCUUCAAGUGCUCCUGAGGUUCCGGACCCUCAAGGGCCGGGACCCUUCCCUGCAGAGCUGCUCAGAGGACGCCGAGGUGCUCCUGCAGAUGCGCGCUGACGUGCUGGCCUCUCUCGGGGUCGCGGCUGACCUGCUCCCGGAUGACUUUGCCAGCUCCUGCUGCUCCGAAGUGGCUCCCGUCUGCGCUGUGGUCGGAGGAGUGCUGGGCCAGGAGGUGGUCAAGGCCCUCUCUCAGCGGGAUGCGCCCCUCAACAACUUCUUCUUCUUUGACGGCAUGAGGGGCAACGGGAUGGUGGAGUGCCUGACCCCCAACUGAGCCUUGCUAGUCCUGGACCAGCUGCCCACAGCCCCACGGGGCUCUUCCCUCUGUGACACCCCUGGCCUUGGGAGAUGGGGGGGCUGUUGCUGAUGCCCCUCUUCCUGCAUUGCCAUGGAUGGGGGUGUGUGUGUUACUUUAGCACUAAUAAACUUUUUUUAGUACCA